GAAAUAUAAUCCACGGAUAUAUUUGAUAUAAUUCAUGGAGUGAUUUGUUGAGUAUGAUAAGAGAGCAGUGGGGAUGGAUGGAGCCAGAUGGACAGUCCUGCAGAAUUUAGCGCUUGUUUCUCCAAACGUAAUAACAUGGAAAGGAUGAUCACUUUUGAAAGAACGGAAACAGUUGUCGGCUGAUUUACAAGGACAUUCUUAUCUUUCGUUGGGAAAGAGAGGCGUGAUAACCUCACGUUUAGGCCGUAGUGCUGCUAGUAGAUAACUUUAUAUUCGAUGGUUUAAAGAUGGAAGAGGAAUUUCCGGAUUUCUUCGACCUUGAAGGAGAAAUAGGAAGAGGUGCAUUUUGCAGUGUGCAUGGUUGCACCGAUCGGAGGAAUAAUGACUGUGUUACAGUUAAAAUUAUCGAUAUUCCAAAAAUGACAAUUACCACUGGAUUAACGAUAAAAGAUAUUGAGAGGGAAGUUUCGAUUUGCAGCAAAUUAAGGCACCCACAUAUAGUUCAGAUUUUAUCUGCACAUAAAGUUGAUGAUGCUGUUUACAUGGUAACUGAACAGAUGGAUGGUGUUGAUCUCUGCGAAGAAAUAGUAAAUAGGGUUAACAAUGGAUUUGUAUAUAGUGAAGCAGUUGCAAGCCAUUAUGUAAGACAAGUUUUUGAAGCACUGGCAUACAUUCAUGAAAGAAAUAUCAUUCACAGAGACAUGAAGCCCCAUAACAUAAUCUUAGCGAGCAGGGAUGACACAGCACCAAUAAAAAUAACAGACUUUAGUGUAGCAAUUGAAUUGCCUCCAGAGAAUUUUAUCAGAAGUGGGAGAAUUGGAACACCACAUUUUAUGGCACCAGAAGUUGUUAAAAGAGAACCUUAUGACUGUGCUGUAGAUAUCUGGGGAUGUGGAGUGGUCCUCUACAUACUCUUGAGUGGUGCUUUUCCAUUUCAUGGCACCGGAGACAUAUUAUUUGAUGCAAUUGUCCAGGGAAGCUUCUCUUUGAAAUCAAGGCAGUGGCAAAGCAUAUCAGAAAGAGCAUGUGACCUUGUAUUUUGUAUGUUAGCAGUCAAUCCAAAGGACAGAAUUACCGCUGAUGGAGUAUUGUCGCACCCUUGGCUACUUGACAGAGAUCGAUCUGCCGAAAGGACGCAUUUGCAGGAUACCGUGGAGGAGCUUAGAAAAUUCAACGCCAGAAAGAAGUUGAAGGGUGAAGUUAUGGCGUCUUUAGCUAGAAGGCAAUUUGAAGGAGAUUCGGAUGGCUUCGUGCAUAGCCCAAUUGAGGGCACAAACGAUUUUGAAAAUGACACAUUAGAGCCAGAUCUUUCUGAUUCAGCUAUAAUUGCCCAACUGAUCGAUUCACUAGACGAAAUUCAACUUCUUGCGGGUGGAAGAAAAGAUGACAUUUUGUUUUUGCAGUGGCUUUUUGAAAUACCUUCGCUGUAUUCACUUCUUGAGAUUCACUCGAAAGUGUCCCACGUGACACAUCAGAGGCUAGCCCAUUCAUUAGAACCAAACGCAGUUGAUUUAUCUAGUCAAGUAGUAUCUGCGAUCGAAAUGCUGGAAAAUCCGGACGAAACCGCUUUGGAGCUGAAAGAAUUAUUAAAUGACACACAUAUAAUGGCCUUAAUGACAUCAUAUGAUCAGACGCUACAGGAGGUGCAGUCUGGGGGUAUCGUGUCAUCCUUGUCGAAUAACGUCAUCGAACAAACAGACAGCAUUGCAGAAAAUCUCACCCGAGUACGACUAGUUCAGUUCACUAAAAGUGGAUCAGAGCCGCUGGGAGUGACUUUGAAGAUUAACGAUGACAAUAAAUGCGUUGUGGCUAGAAUAAUCCACGGUGGAAUGAUACAUCGACAGGGAACUUUGCAUGUUGGAGAUGAAAUCAAAGAAAUUAAUGGUAUAAGUGUUGCCAGGCAGUCCGUCGAAAAUUUACAGGCUAUUUUGAGGGAGGCCACUGGUGACGUCACAUUUAAGAUUGUUCCAAAUCUGCGUAAUAGUGAAGUGGAAGAGAAGAAGAAAUUUGUCCGAGCUUUGUUUGACUAUGACCCUCGCGCUGAUGACUUCAUUCCCUGCCAACAAGCAGGCAUCGCUUUCAAACGUGGUGAAAUAUUACAGAUUGUCAGUCAGACGGAUACCCACUGGUGGCAGGCGAUUCGUGCCGGCGAUACCCAGAAAGCAGGUCUGGUUCCGUCUCCAGAACUACAAGAACUGAAGAUCGCGAGCCAUGCUGUUGGAAAAUCAAAGAAGGAUGGAGCAGUAAAAUGCUUUUGGAAAGGAAUAAGGAAGAAGAAGAAGAUUGGAAAGUACAUCGCAAGACAUAAUUCUUUUUUCGACCAACUUGAUUUGCUCACCUACGAAGAAGUGACUUUUGUUAAUGCAUUCAGAAGGAAAACAAUCGUGCUAAUUGGUGCACAUGGUGUUGGCCGAAGACAUAUAAAAAAUUCAUUAAUUGCUCGAUUCUCAGAGAGAUAUGCAUAUCCAAUUCCUCAUACCUCCCGUGAGCCACGACCCAACGAGGAGCAUGGAAAACAAUACUACUUUGUAUCGGAAGAAUCAAUGCUAAUGGACACUGCAUCACACCAAUUUUUAGAGUAUGGCACACACGAAAAUGCCAUGUAUGGAACUAAAUUAGACACAAUUAGAGACGUUAUCAACAAUGGGUACAUUGCGGUUCUAGACGUUGAGCCUCCGGCAUUAAAACUAUUACGAUGUGCUGAAUUCGCUCCAUAUGUCGUAUUUAUUGCUGCCCCGACGAAUCUUCCACAGAGAGGAGAUAAGUUUUUUGACGAAAGCCUGAACAGGCUAGUGCAAGAGUCAGAGUCACUGAAAGAACAGUUUGGACAUUUAUUUAACCUAGUAAUUAUAAACCAUAAUAUUGAGGACACGAUAGAAGAGCUUGCUUGUGAGCUGGAAGAUAUCGAGAAGCCUCAGUGGGUGCCUGCAAGUUGGUUGUAUUAGGCGAAUUUUUUUAUGUAGGAAGUGAAAGAAACAUAGUAAGGGAACUUACUUUUUACGUUUCAGUAAGGGGGGUUUUAAGUGAAAAUGCUGUUUAUUAUGUCGAAAUGCAAGUGAUAUGUAUGUAAAUAAACGAACGUAAUAUCCCUCCGUUUUUGACAAAUGCUAGGUUGGUAGCAAUGUCUGCCAAAAUAAUUGUUAUUAGACAAAAAGAACUCCAAUAGCUUGGUUUUUUUACAUUUUUUUCCAGAUUUCGAUAUCACAUAAAAGAUUUAGUAAGUCUGGUUUCUGUUUGGUGGAGAUUAAAAAACCCAAUCGAGUUAAAUCAUCGGUCACUUUCAAGUGAUUUAGAAUUUUUGAUUGGAAAACAUGAAUUUAGUCAACAAAGAGGUUUUCAUGCUACAAGUGCAUGUCAUGCUGAUUUCAUUAAGAUACUUUUAAAGAUUAUAAGAUGUUUGACUUUGGAGUUCAUUCAACGGUAUCUUCGCACCUGCAGUCACUAUUCAUCAUCUGCAAGAUUUGGCCUUGUUGCCUUCUUGUCAUAAGAAUCUCCAACAACAACCGUUUGGAAAGUAUGUUUACUGGGCUUAACCUAUUAAUAGAAGUUGAAAAUGACAAAUUCAAACUGGUUAGCUAGAUGUUGUUUUGUUUAAUACAUGAUGAGGGGUUCCUGUUAAGUUUGGGUGCUCCAAAGCUAUCGACUGGCCAAUAAUCCACCGAGAUCUAGUGAAACGCCACCAAAGUUGUGUCCUUGGCAUUUAUCCAUCAUGGUGGCAAACCGCAGGAAUCGUUGCUAUUUUUUCCAAGUUUUGACUCCAAUGAACGUAAUGGCGCUUUUUUCCAGCUUUUGUUAGUGUGUGUGGGAAGUUAAAUGAUUGGGCAACUCCCAUUAACAGUUUACAAACUCGCUUUUCCUAUCUUGUCAAACCCUGCAUUUUCCAAAGGCCUGUUUUCUACAGGAGUGUAGCAUACUCCACGUAACACCCCAUCCCCAUUUAGCAAUCACCCUGCUUGACAGUUUGUUUAUAUGCUAUGUCAAUUUAAGGUGGAGUGAUUUUUCCAUCGUGAAACAAAAACGCAGUCAAAUGUAAGACGUAUAUUGUCAAAUGUAAACGUAUAUUUCAAAUUUUUGUAAAUUUUGAUAAUUUAUGAUCAGUUCAUUAAUUUUUUAAACUGGAAGCAUGUAACUUAAAUCGUUUGCUGAAGUCAAUAUUUCAAUAAUUUAUUUCUAUA